AUAGUAAGAUACAGUUCAAUCUUGCUCAGUCAUCUCAAAAGUCUAAAACCAAAAAAAAAUCUAUGCCAAUUACCAAACCAAAUCACAAUAAACCUUUAAACAUUAAAAAGAAGAAACAGUGCCCAACAUGUGGUUGUACAUGUGCAACAGGUAUGCCACCUUCAGAAACUUAUGUUUCAAGAGCAAAUUUAGAAUCAGUCAAAAGAAGCUUAGAAUAUAAAAUCACAGAAGAGGCCAAACAUACAAGGCACUUAUUUGCAUCCCACAAUAAUAUAGGAGAUAUUAACAAAAUCAUGCUAGAAGAAAACUUAGAUGACAUGCCCAAAUUAAACUUAGAAGAUUUCCAACAAUUCGAUAAUGAAUUAAAAACUAAUUUGGAGUUAGUUAAAAAGCUGAAAUGUUUUAUGUUGAUCUCCAUUAAAAGUGGAGAUAAAUUAUCUGAAAGUUUAAAAGCAGUUAUUCCGAGAAUAAUUUCGAAGGAAGUACAAUUAUUAUAUAGUGCUUUUGGAAGAGAAACAAAUAGAAGCAAGAAAUUGAACUUUUCUGGGACACAAUCAUACAAAUAUUUAUUAGAAACCAUUACUACCAAAGACUCUAAUUUAAAACUAAAGGAUAUUUCCAGACAACUAAGCCGUUGGUUUUCGGGUGCUAAGGAUCGUGAAGGUGGGAAGAAAGAUAGGAUUUUUAAGAAAAUGAAACACAGCCUUAGUAGAGAAGAUAAAAGUGAUUAA